AUGCCCCUAGCACGAGCGUAUAGAGUUGCAUCUGGUGGUGUCGCCAAUGGAUCGACGCUGGUCGCUUUCAAUACGGUCGUCAUCCACCGAGUGAUGGGUGAGACGGAGAUGAGAUCCAUGAUUGAAGGAGGUCUGGAAUGUGCGGAUGUGCGGUGUGUCGCAGAUCGUUUAAGUACGGUGUAG